AUGAAAAGUAAGUCGGGUCUCAAAAAUUCAUCGACAAUCCACGGAACCCCAGCGCCUUCCAAUAAAAAAUUCCCUUGGCGCAAUUCACGCGCGCUAAACAAGGCGCGUAACGCGUAAUUCCGGAGCGUCGUUGUAGAGUUUCUCCAUUUCAAUUUUCGCUUUUUUUUGCAUUAUCCCCAUCUUUUUAGAACCGCUCAGUGUCAAAACUUAUGAUAAUGAUUAGAAAUGAAUAAAAAAUGAAAUUUUAACUGCUUCUGCAUCAAUUUCUAAACGUUUUAUGUGAAAAUUACAGAAUUUUUUUCGUUUUGGAAUCGAAAAUUUGCCUCAAUUAUCUCAAUUCUGUAUAUUUUUCGACGGUUGAGCGCUUAAAAGAUGCGCAAUAAACUCCUUGUUGACGGGACGGUUCGAAUGCCAGUGUCCGAACUCGAUUCGGCAAAUAAUCGUUCAAACUCCGUUUUUUUAAAGUAGUUUUCGACAAAAUCCCUAAAUUUGGUCAAUUCUGAACGAAUCUGCUCCGUUUCGCGCUUUAAUCGAUGCUUUUAACUCAGACAAUCGCCCUACAGUUCGCAAAGAACAAAAUUUGAGUGUUUAUUAAGAGAAAAACGAAAGAAUUCCGGUUUUCAAUUGAAAAAAUAAACUCCGAGUCGACGGUGGAUGCAAGCGCGCCCCAUUGACAACUCGCUUGCGCAUUGGAGUGCUGGAAGGGGUUCCGUGGCAAUCUGAAACGUUCAGAUUCUUUUCUCAUAUUUCAACUCGUUUCCCUGCUUUUGUGCGUCAAUGGUCGAUCGACGAGCACUGCGAAACCAGAGGAAGGAGUGCUCGUCAGGUAAGAAGGACGGGCCCAAACAUUUUCGGUUUCUCAACGUUUUCAUGAGCACAAGUGCAUUCAGACGACAGUUCGUCCAACUGUUCUGUUUCCCUAGCAGUAAUAUUGUAGAGUAAAUUUUGCAGCGUCGCGGUGUUCGCCAUCUGGCUUCUCAUCACCACCGGACUCCUCAUCGGCCUAAUCGUCACGUGUAUCGCGUGGUAUUUCACGCGCAAAAUGAUGAAAAUGAAGAUGGAAUUCAUGAGGAAAACCAACGAGAAGCUGUUGGACAGGCAGAAGAAGGAGAAGAAGCCGUCGAGAGAGAAGGAGAAGACGUCUUCCAACUCGAAAACCCCGUCGGCCGAGGCUUCCUAUCAAACAUCAAAAGAAACGACGGGCACCAGCAGCGGCACGGCGACGGCGAAGAGUAUGAAGGAGACGCUGGAGCUGUGGAACUCAGUGGAGAGACUACAGAAGCUGCAAAAGAAGGCGGCGAAAGAGGAUACCGUAACCACCACCAAGACCCUGGACACCAAGACGGUCGGAAGCCUUCGGAAGGCGAAGGUGAGGCUUUCUCUGGCACGGUCUCCCUCGGCGCGAAUGAUUUCAAUGGGGCGCACUUGCAACAGGCGGGCUGUGUCGAUUUACGCGGCGGCCGAUUAAUUAAUUUUCAACGGGAGGCCGCGUUAUUUCCAUGUUUUCUGUACAAUACACCUAUUUUUUUGGUACGCCUGGAACCUGGAUUCGAAUAAUUAGAGCACUAGCUACGUUUUGAUAGCAGAAAUCUGGCAUAUCGUUGAGAAUUAGCCGAGUUAUUUCGAUUUGAAGGUUUUGGGGUGGAUUUUGAUGCUUUUCGAAUAGUUUUUGAAAACUGCUCAAGAAAACUAACCGCCGGAACCUGAAUUUUGUGAAGAAAGAUUCAGCGAACAUUUUUAUCGUUCGUUGGGCUCAUGAAAUGCAAAAUGAGCUGAAAUAUCAAGGUUUGACGUUUUGACGAAAUGCGAAAAAGACGCAAAAAAUGAAAACUCUGUAUUCUGUAAAAAACGGUUUCCAAUCAGUAAAAUAUUGUUUUCUAGACGUUUUUCAAGUCAAAAAGAAAGAAAUAAAGGUCGUAAACUCGAAUUGAACUGCAUUUUUCAAAAAUUACAACGACACUCCGCAAUUUACGAGCGCACUGUGUUUAGCAUUAGCGCCUCCUGAGAGACCGUGUCUGGUAGACAUGUACAAAGUUCUUUCAGAAAAAGUCUGCCAAGCAAAAAAAGACGAGCACGUCGACAGAAGACGCCGAGACAAGAACGAAAACGACGGAAAUGGAUAGUAUCGCGACGGCCGAGGUCAAAAUUCCGUCCGAAAAGGCGUAUAGCUGA